UUCUAUUAAAAUUGUACACAAGAAAAAGGAUUACGUGAAUCAUAACUAUAUUCAAUUUAUGUCUAAACUUUAAGUCGAAAAAUGCAUUAGAUUAGGGAGACCAUGAGAGAAAAACAUGGCGAAAUAUCUUAAUUUUCUCAUAAGUAUAUGACUAUAUACGACAUAAAUAUUUUUUAGAUCCGAACUCAUACUAAUAGUUGGAACACGGGUUGGGUCGGGUUCUACGAGUUAUGUAAUCCAAAAUCCAAACCCAAGGAGGCGGGUUGUACAAAAGAAAACCUUCACCCAACCCAAAACCUUCGUUUUAGCGAUAAAUACGGGAGGGUUAGAUCGGGUUGGACGGAUGGGACGGAUGGGUAGGUUUGCGGGUGUAUUUCUUCACCCUAUUGAUUUGUAGUAUCAUCCAUAUGUUAAAUUACUAUCAGAAAGAUAAAAACGAGUGAACAAAGGUGACAAAGUGUGAACCAACAGAGUAACCAUUUUUGAAAGACGCGCCAAAAACUAGCAUUGAUGGACAAGCAAGCAAGACUUACACGAGAUCGAUCAAAUGAAAAACACUAGGUAAAAUGUCGAGCCUUCCAAGGACGCUAUCAAUACAGCAACCUAGCGGAUCAAUGGCAAGGAAGUUGAAGAAGAGCACGCCAUCGAAACAAAACAGAGGGGGAGGAGAGGUAACCGCCGGCCAUGGCUGCACAUCUAGGGACAGAUUUGCUUUUCUUCUCUGUUCCUCUGUUAUCUUUUGAUGACGAGCAACUGGUAUUUACAUUUCACCCAAAGCCAAAGUGUAUCGGUGACAAAAGUCGAAACAGAUGAUAAAACCGUGAAUGUUGAAACUUCUGAAUCCUCCUUCUAAACUCAGACAGAUCCACCUUACCUACGUAAAGUAUUGUCUUGGUGUUAGGAGCAACAUCUCGGUCACUAGGACAGCAGGUGAAAUGAACUUGUCAUCAGAAUCAAGCCCAUCUAUCUUUUAUUGCCAGAAUCAUCAGUGGUAAGCCGUGAAUCGUUUUCAGAACGACAAAAAAUGAGUAAAUACAGCAGAAAGCAUGCAACUUUUACACCACCACCACCAAAUCGGCAUAAUACAGGAAAGAAAGAAUGGGAGGGUCUGACUCUUAUCUGUAAAGUCAUUGCUGGUAACUGAAAAUCCACCAAACAUUCAUCAACAAUGGCCCCAAAUAAUGUAGUUAAGCAAGUUUAUUGCAAGGUUUGAGGAAGGAAUUCUGUUGGUUUCCCUUCAGGACCCACUACCUGCAUCCAUUUUGACACGAUGAUGAGAAGCUAUAAUCGAAAUCAUUAGUAGCGACGUCGCAUUCCAACCUUGAACACUACAUCGCUCCCUCCACCUUUCACCAAACAUUCUUUUCAAUGUUUGGUCUUAUAUAACCUUCACUACCUGGUCUCUCUCUGAAUUCUCUCAUCACAGCAGCAAAAUGUCUUCAAUGUUUUUCUGGGUUUUCAUCUUGGGUUGUGUUGGUGGUUUCCACUUGGCAAUUGUCAAUGGCCAGACUCCAGCAGCAUCACCUUCAACCUUACCUAUUACUCCUCCGCCUAUAACCACCGUUCCUCCCCCUACAACAUCAUCACCACCACCGUCAACCCCAGCAGUACCGGCGCAGUCACCGAUCCCUGCAAUGACUCCCAUCUCACCACCAUCUCCAAAGGCAGCACCAGUCGCCGUGCCAACUGCCCCACCUCCUCAAUCGCUUGCGCCUGUGUUUGCACCAGCAACACUACCACCAUCCCCGGCACCUGCAAAGGCACCACCAGCCCCGGUUAGUCCCCCACCACCGGCGCCAGCACCAGCACCACUGACUCCACCACCAGCUCCUGCACCAGCACCGCUGACUCCACCACCUUUGCCACCACCAGCACCAACUCCAUUAUCGGCGGUGCCUUCACCUGCUCCAGCUGCACACAAGCACAAGAAGAGGCCCCACAAGCAUAAGAAGCAUCAUCAUGCCCCAGCUCCAGCCCCGAAGCCCCCUAGCCCACCAUCCCCACCUGUCGUGACAUCUUCUGAUGAUGACACAGCUCCUGCUCCAUCACCAAGUACGAAUGGGCAAGAUUCACAGUAUCUGAGGGGAAGAAUGACAACAAUGUGGGCAAGAACUGGACUAGCUGUGGCACUUCUGCUGGCUGCUGCAGGCUAGGCAGCUAAAGAUCAUUGAGGUGCUUAUGUUUGAGAGCCAUGGAUUUAUUUCCUUCGGAAGGAAAUUGUUUUGUGUGUGCAAACCAAAAUAAUAUCUCAUGUUAUUAGGAACAGUAAUGCAAGAGCACAGCCUCAAAACUGUCCAAGCUCAGUAUCCACAUUUUUGUAUUGUUUAAUUCUUGGAUCUGCCAGUAUGCAAGAUUAAAUAUUCUCGUUACAU